AUGUCGUCCGCAUCUACUGCAGUGCCGCCGGCAAAACGGCCAGAGUACGUGAUAGAGCACAUGGAGGAGGACGAUCCCGACGCACCUGCCGUGUUUCCGCACUGGGCGUUGCUCGAGUACCGCCACAUGCUCCAGCUCGUCGGUCCUGGUUCCACCGUGCACUUUACCUCGCUCUCGCACGCAUCCCUCGAAUCGCUGCGCCAAUCUCUCUCCACCGCUUCGGACAAGCCUCAGGCGCAGUUCGAGCUGCAUACGGCGAGCAUUACGACCAUGAUGAGCCAGCGCGGUGUUGCGCUCGAGCGAGUCUGCCUGCUCGACCCUAAAAGCCCCUAUGCUGUUUCCAUCACCGAUGCAGGCAAGCACACUAGCCACACCAAGCCCGCGCAGGCAGGUGGUCCGUUUGAGCUCUUCCUGUUUGGCGGGAUUUUGGGCGACGAUCCGCCGCGCGAUCGAACCAGCUCGCUGCGCCAACUUGGCUUCCCCUCCCGCCAUCUCGGCGGCGUCCAGAUGACCACCGACACCGCACUGGGAGUCACAAAACGCUGCGUCGAGGACGGAUACCUCCUCGCACUCGACGACACCACACAGCAAGAACAGGAGUGGGGAGAUGCAGACAAGGCCUCCAACAAGCUCGAGUGGGUCAAUCACCCGGAACUCCACUUUGGCCAUGGCGAAAGCGUGGAGAUGCCGUUCCGAUACAUGGUCGACGAAGCGCGACCCGCGCUGGCCGACGGCAGCCGACAGCCGCUCAUGCCACAAGGCAUGCGCCAGCUCAUCCAAAACGACCUCGGUCGCAGCUUUGAGUUCUAA